CGUCCUCAAUGUCUCCCCGGCGGGGAGUGGGCUGCCUGGGAGACACGCGGAGCGGCGCCCCCGCCAGGCCCCGCCGCAGCGCCCCGCCCGGCGCCCCCCGAACCUCGCCGCCGCCGCCGCCUGGCGCCCCCCGAGAGGGCGGCGGGCGCCCCCCGGGGAAGAUGAAGGCGGAGGGGGGCGACAACUCCAUGAUCAACCUGUCGGUGCAGCAGGUCCUGAGCCUCUGGGCCCACGGGACGGUGCUGAGGAACCUCACAGAGAUGUGGUACUGGAUCUUCCUCUGGGCUCUCUUCUCCUCCCUGUUUGUCCAUGGUGCUGCAGGAGUGCUGAUGUUUGUGAUGCUGCAGAGACACAGGCAUGGAAGAGUGAUCUCCGUCAUCGCGGUCAGCAUUGGCUUUCUGGCCUCUGUAACCGGAGCGAUGAUUACUAGUGCAGCGGUCGCAGGCAUCUACCGAGUGGCCGGCAAGAACAUGGCCCCUCUGGAAGCGCUGGUGUGGGGCGUCGGGCAGACUGUAUUGACAUUAAUCAUCUCCUUCUCAAGGAUCCUCGCUACACUCUGAGGCUUCUGAGGGAAUGUUGUAUUUCAUAUAAGAAAACAGAUGUACAGAUUUCCUGAAAACGGCGUUGUUGGCAGCUGGAAACGAAGUUGGGCGAGAAAGUGGCCAGAGCCAGUCAGAGCCUAAGGAAGACCUCGCGCUGUGUGGAGAGAGAGCCCUCUGGUGUUGAAGCGAUUGCACUACCGCCCUGCACCUCACGUGCCUCUGUCCCGGGCAAGGUGCACCGAGACACCAUGGAACCCACGAGAGAGAGCACCUUGCUUAGCUGCCAGUCGGGUUGACGUUGGCGUUCAGAUCGUCGUUCCUAACAGUGCCGUGUUGAGUUCCAGGGACGUUCGGAGGUAUCGAUACUUGUGCCAAACUCUUCCCUUUCUGUUCACAUUGAUCAUGUGAUGAUUUGCAAGUGUAGCUGUAGAUGAGUGCUGUGAACAUAUUUGACAUGAAUUCAGGUAAUGGAGUAAGACUUUGUUUUGUAAUGCUAAAUCCCGUGUGAGUGCUGAGUACUGAAUCAUUUCAUGUGAGAAAAAUUACUUGAUUUUUAAUGUUGAGCAUCUCUGGGAUUUAGGGUUUUAGUAUGUUUAGGCAUUAUUGUUACUUAACUUAUGUGAAAAAUAAUCUUCUUAAUGGAAGACUAGCUAAAGCAUUUUAAGGACUCAAAUUAGAUCUAUAGGGUGCAUACUUUUCACUUACACCCUUUUAAUAGUUUCCCUCGUACGUAAAUACUGUUCAUAUGAAUUCAGAAAUGUUAUGUUACACACACACUGGUUGUCAUUUAUGUCAUAAAAUAUAAUUUGAAAUUUUUCUUACACAUUUUGUAAGGAAAAAGUCUGGGAUGCAUGUUAUAUUUUUGUCCCUUCUGAAGAAAGCUUUUGCUUUGUAUCUCAUGGAGAAACCAUCUUUAUAAUUAAUAUGAUAGUGGGAUUAUUUAUACAUCUUGAUUUUUGACAAAACUAUCUUUCAUUCUGGAGUGUUAACUGUAUUUAAAGAGUGGCCUAAAUUAGGCUCUGGAAGUAAAAAGUUUCAUUUGUAGAUAAGUAAUGAGUAAGUUACAUAGGAAGAAUAAUAAAUGUCUUACUUUGGAUUUGUGGCAGUGUCAUGAUUCUGCUAAUAACUGGGAAGUAUAGUAAGUAAUUUUAAAAUCUGUCAAUCUCAGCAUAUCAAUGCAGUACAGAACAUAUACACAAGUGAUUCGUUUCAGUUUUUAAUGUAUACUGUUCAAUUCUAAGCUUAUUUAAAUUGAGAAGUUAUGAUUUCAGUUUACUAGAAUCUUCUAAAAAUGGAAAUGUCCUUUGUGUAAAACAUUUUAAGAAGUUUUGGUAAUAUAUAGUUGGUUAUAAGAAUACACGAAGUAGGUAAAACACAAACCCUGGUGGAAUCGUUCUAUUCAAGACUUUUUUGGGGCACCAUUUGCAGUUAUAAAUGUGCUAACUCAAGGGAAGAACCAUUUUAAAGAAGUGAAGGAGAGUUCAAAAAAUAAUCGUAUACCCUAGCCUUUUUGUUUAACCUGAUUUUAUUUUUUUAAGUAGGUUUCUUAUAGAUCCCAUGAAAUUUCAAAUACUAUUCCAAAAUCAAUAUAUCAACUGAGGCAUUGAGAAGGGGAUCCAUACAUAGAAGACCAUUUUAGGGAUUUACUAAUAUUGUGGCUUGGCAACUUAUUUAAAGAAUUAGCAGCUGUGUGUUCUUAGAGAUCUUUGUGGUAAAUCUUAAAUUUAAUUCUUUUAUAAUGUAAAAGCCUGUUAUUUUUCAUGUGUUGUUUAUAUUCCUGAUGUUUCCUUAUAUUAAAUUUAGAUGUAACUUUUUCAAGUUAGUUUGAUUUCUCCUUUUUUGGUGAACUUUAAUUGUGUUCUGUUACUUUGGCUGUUCUAUCAAUAACUUAAAACAUUUGUGUUCUUCCAGGGGAGUUACCAAUAACGUGGAAAUUAUUUCAGAUAUAUAGCUGAAUAUUUAACAUACGAUUAUUUUUGAUUUAUGAAAGUUAUCAUCGUAGAUAAUAUGGAACAUAUGGUUCAUAAUCUAAAAAAUAACUUGGAUGCAUUGAAUAUAUGAAUUAUGGACCAGAGAGAUUUGAACUCUGUUCAUUUUUACUCUAGGAUGAAAAUGUGAUUGGGUGGUUAAUAAUUAGCUUAUAGAGUGCCCUGCAGCUAAGCCAGUAUUAAGUUGAUUUAAAUUAAGAGUCAUUUGUAUACUUUAAUAUUUAGGUGAACAGUUUUGGUUUCUUUGCUGCUCUCAGUUCUUCCCAUUGAGACACUGUGCAUCUGUCACUCUUCUGAUAUCUGAAACGUAGUUGUAUAGUAUUAACUUAUCAGUUGUUUUAAUAGCUAUUUAUAUGCUGAGGUUUUUUAAAGUUAGUGGUUUUCCUGUUUAAUGUUAUAUAUGUACAUACAUAUAUAUCAUUAUAAACAUAUAUAGAGAGCUAUAUAUGGAUACACUCCAAUUGGAAACUUUUGUUUAAUGAACACUUUGAUGUUAGUGAAUUUGAUAUACUUGUUUGGUUGAAUGGUCUGUUAAAUAGUUUUGAAGAUGUUGGACAUUAUCUGGGGAAAUUUUUCUUGGUGUACUAGAGUGGGAGACCCCUGUUUGGGACAUGAGAAGAGCCCAUGUGGUCAUCAUUGGGCUGUGCUUUCUUAAAAUUUGUAUGUGAUUUAGCAGUAAAUUUUCUUUGUGAUAAGUGCUAAUAGGUAGUGAAGGAAUCCUCUGCAGUUGACACUUUAAAGUGCUUUAAAAAUGUUCAGCAGUAUACUGCUGAUGGUGAAAUCAGUUCCCAAAGAAGGAACUCCUAGCUGCCCUGAGUCAUUGGGUAACAUCUGGUUAGAAAUGUCAGUAGAGCACAGUUAGCCAAGGAGGCCUCAGGAAAGCUACAAACAGUACCUAAAACCUUUAAAAGAAGGAAGUGCAGCUGCCUACCCGGCAGGCCAGUGGAUUGCUGUGGAAAGUUCUGAACCAUGGUGUAUUCAUUGCAUGCAGCUUGUUACUUUAGAUCCUAAUGUUUAUCGAGCAGUGUUACAGUCUCCAACCCAAUGUGUUGGCUUGUGUAUUUGCUAUUUGUGAUAAGGAACAGGGAUGAUUUCAAAUUAAAGAACGUUGUUGGAAAAGAGUCGAAGAAUUUCGCAGUAAGAUGAGGAACAUGAGCCUGCCAUUACGGCGGUGCCGGCUACCUCGGCUUUGUGCACACUUCCUCCAGCUGGCCUGUGUGCAGUGCUGUGCAGAGUGCUGGCUGUUGCUGAAACAAGGAGGACUAAAAUGAGCCUUCUGCCCUCGAGCCCACUAAGAGCUAGCAGAACAAUUAGACCCUGAAAAGACUGGACAGCAUUUCGUUUCCCGAUUUUGUUCAGCAGUUCAGGUUCUGACCCCACUCCAUUCAGAUUUUCCCACUACAGCCACUAAAUGGAAUUUCACUAGCCGACGUGUCAGUCCUGCGACAGGGUGAAGAGUGUUGGGCUGCAGAGGGACGGGCUUGACUCCAGGCAGUCACUCUCAGAGCUUCGGUUCAUAAUCUGUGAAAUUAUGACACUUCAUAUCAUCAUUAUGAGAAUAUAUAUGGAUGGCAAAGUGAUAUAUAACUACAGCAGACCAUUAGUAGUCACCAGAAUAUUUUAAAAGUUACAUUUCACAUUAGCAGUUGACUUAUAUAAUUUACUCUUCUUCCAUUUCCACAUUUUCCCUACAUUAUUUAAGAAAAAAACUAAAACAGUUCUCUUGUAAUCUUAUUUUCUUCACCUCCUCCCUACCCCUUUAUUUUAAAAUCAGCAGGCAUUUAUCUGAGAACACUUUGGGCAUUGGUGCGGAUCAGCAUGGCAGGGCAGCCAGGGUUAAAUGAUGGGUUCCAGUUACCCCUGGUCACAGGAAGAACAGAAGCGGGCAGUAUUUACUUUACCAUUUCCUACCUGUUUCACUCAGAACACUUAUUGGCUCUAUGUUAUGCACAGAUUAUUAUCUUGGUUUUAGAGAUGGAGAAGUGAGUAAGAUGCAGCCUUCUCUCCCCUACACAUCCACCAUUUGUCUGCUGUCUUGCACUGCCGAUUCUGCUAGGCACUUGGAGCUGGACGUCAGUGUUGCGUCCUGCCCAUGGGCCAGGUCCUGGUGGGGGGGGCAGUUUGUUUUUUUUUGGUUUUAAACACCAAAGGCAAUGCUCUUAUUUUAGAUAUGUGCCCAUUUUAUAAUUCAGGAAGUAACAUGAUGCUAAGAGCACUUUCCAAAGUAUUCACAGAUGACUUCUCUCUAACAGUUUUCUCCUAGAAAGCCUCAAACAGAAUCUCUUUCAACAUAGUGUACAGAGUCUGAGGGACAUGAACAGCUACUGAAAAAAAUUAGAAUUAGAUUUCAGUUGCAGAAACGUUUGGUGUAUAUGUUGGGUAACGAGGUAAAUUACUGUUUGCGUUAAUAAGCAGGAUGGAGACUGAGUGAUGAAAAUUGACUAGUAAUCAAAUGGUCUGGUACUCUCCCUUUAUUCCUCACCCUUUUAGAACUCUUCCAGGUGAAAGGAACACCACUGGAUUAAAAAUCUGAACAUUUUUCAAAUGUGGUACCAUUUUGUAGCUGAGGGAAGUUUAAGGACGAGGAGAAAUGUGAGGGCUGCUGAGGGUGCUGGGUGUGACAACAACGGGGCUCCCUCUGCUGUGCCGAGCGGGACGUGGUGCAGAUGUGCAUCCCGCCUAUUCACACAGUGCUGUGUUCCUUCCACAUGGGCGCCCUGACCAUGGCGUGUUUGAAGUCUUUCAUGCGUGCAUGUGCGUGUGGGUUUGUGCAUGUGUGAUUGUAGGUUUGCAAUUCUAAUUUGAGCAUCUCUGUUCUGUUAGAGAAAAUGUGCUAUUUUUAAGAUUGCUGAAUUAUCUCAAAACAUAGCUGUGAAUUUGGGGGAAAUAAUAUUUAUUAUAUGAAGUAUUUUCACUAAACAUGGAAACUUACUGGUGAAUUCUUUUAUUACUUUAGUGUCGGCACUCAAAUUUCUGAGUGAACCGAGCUAUAUGACCUGUAAUCAUCUCCCUCUGACUUUAGGGGAUUCACUUUCUUUGUAUUCAUUGCAGAUGUGCUGAUCUUACUCUUUACCUAAUAACUCUUCCUUGAUUUUAAGAACUAAUUUGACAGUUUAUGUAAAGCCCUUCAUCCUUCAAACAGAUGUCCUACAUUAUAGUUUAAACAUGUACAGUUUUUUGAUAAAAGCUGGAGUGCUGAUUCAGAAGAGAAUUUUCAACACCUGUGAUUACGCAGCCAUUAUCUUUUUGGAAAGUGAACAGCUGUAGGCAAGUCAGGACAGCAUGAAGGUCUUUUAUUUUAGAUUGUCUCCAGCACUCGUGCAAAGUGUGUGUGUCACUGUGCACAUACCCAUAAUCACAUGCUCAUGUGUGUACCGUGAGUAGCAAUGUGCCUGUCUUGUUUUCUGGAAAUAUCUUCAGGUCUAUAACUGAAACUAGAAAGCAGUGUGCCAUAAAGGUAUAGGAAGAGAGACAGAGAUGCAUGAUCAUCUGAAGCCCGUGACCACAACUUUUUCCUCCUGAAUAUAAAUUGGUAAUUCCUAAAGACCGUCACUGCUUUUAAAACCCCAUUUAAAUGAAUACUAGCUUGAAAAUACUACUGAUAAUGGAAAGCUUUGUUUUUAAAAAAUUUAAAAUACAUAGAUUUCAUCAUUGAAUUUUUUUGGGGAUUGGGACAUUUUAAAGUUUCUCCAUAACAAGUAAGUAGAAUCUAUACUUGUUUGAGUAGGAAAAAAUGGGUUACUUUCAGUACUGGUUGAGUUGGUAAUCUUAACUGUUCACAUUUUCUUCGUGUUUGUAAUAUUAGGUGUGUUUAAUAUGGAGGAAUUAAAAAUGUUAUGACUGUCUCCCCAACAAACCCCCACACACCUUCCCACAGAGGGUCUACAUGUUUAGAUGAACAGAUAGGAAAUUCCAUAGUAUUUUUCAUUUAAGUUUAUAACUCGUAAGUUCAUAUAUCUUCCUACUGUAUUGUCCCUUGACUCUUCUCGUUUUGAAAGCAACUUUAUCUUAGUUAACUAGCUGAAAGGUCUUCAUUGAAGUACCAACAAUAUAGUUUACUUGGCAGGUGUUUAAAGAUAAAACCAGCUAGUUAAAUCACAGUACCAUUUUUAAAAGCUGAAUGAUGCCUUAGUGCCUUGAAAGUUAAGAUCCUUUUGCAGCGUGGAUCUUGCAGAAGUCAGGAUUGGCACUGUUGAGUUGGCUGUGUACACAUCAGCCGUGACUGUGGGGAUCCAGAGUUUGGAGGGUGUCAUGGAAACAGGUCUUAGCUACUAACUUCUUAUGGUUCAGUACAAAUCAGCUACUUAGCCACUGACUAUGACAGAUGACAACUACUUUCAUUAUGUUCUCAUGAUAUGGCAUUUUCCUCUAUUUUUUUCCUAUUCCAAGAAAGUAUGAAAAUGGAGUCAGCCAUUUAAAUUUUUAGUUUUAGGGAUCCUAGUGUGAACAGUGUUAGUUUUAUAUUGUAGUAUGGGGCAGACACUUUAUGUAUGUAACCUUUAGAAAUACGUUUAUCAUCAGGGACUUAUUUUUACUAUAGAAAUAUAUUAAAUGUACUGUGAAGCUUAAAGAUGGGAGGAAGAAGCAUUGGAGGGUAACACAGAAAAGCAGAGCAUAUUUGAUGAAGUACCCUGCAUUAUGUGAACACCACUUCCCCCGUUAAGACUGUAAGCUGCACUGUAUGAGUAUGUGUAUUGCAUGUUUACAUAAUACAGUUUAAUUUUGAUUAUUUAAAAAACUUUAUAUAGAAUACCUAACAAGCUGUAAAUAUUGUAUACUAUUGAUUUUUAAUUUUAUAUAAGCAAUUUUUUAUUUCCCAAUUCAUGUACAGAUCUCAUUGUGUAUAUAGCAUAAUUUCCCGGAGAACAUUUUGCAGUGAAUUUUAAGUAUUUUAAUUGCAGUAAGUAUCAGAUUAGCCUUAGAAAUGUUGGUCUUUACUUAAAUUAUUUUUCACCACUCUCGUUUUCUUCACAGGGCAGCAAUAAACAUAUGCAAGUUAUUUUUGAUUAUGAAAAGUUGGUCUAACGAUAAGAUUUAGGUUUCAAUUCAUUGCUUUAAAGAAAAGAUGCACAAUUACCAUCAUCCGCUGUCUGAUCACGGACCAUUUCUGAGGUCCAUAUGUGGCUCUCUUUGUAAUGUACAGGGUGAACUCUUUGUUGAUAACACACAGAACAUCUGUUAAAAGUGAAUCCAGCACUUAAAUGUCAUUACACAGAAUUUAUUGGAUUAAAAAUUUGUAAUAUACAGUAUUUUAAUAAAGUUUCUGUAUUCAAUUUCAUGCACUUAUAUAUAAAUAAACCUGUCUUUAAAAAGCU